AAGUUAUCUCUCUCUCUCAUACACACACAACAGCCUUCAUGCACUACUUAAAUUAGAGUAGGGUUAUUAAAGGUGUAGGUUUUGAGGCACCUUUUCCUUUUUCUCAUUGGCUUCAGUUAAAGGUGGAGGGAAUUCUGGUGUUUUCCAUGGCGAAAGCAGUCAACAUGCUCGAGGAAAUUCGGACGUAGAGUGCUGAAUUAGAAGGGAAGGAGGAGGGGAUUGAUGCGGAAAAGAGAAGAAAUUCAUUAAAAUGAUGAAAACAGACAUCUAGUUCACAUGAAUUAGCCAUGAAUAAGAGCAAUAUAGGUUCAAUUAGCAGUUCUGAUCUCAUCGACGCAAAGCUAGAAGAACAUCAGAUGUGUGGAUCCAAGCAGUGCCCGGGAUGUGGACACAAGCUCGAACGGAGACCGGAUUGGUUAGGGCUUCCAGCGGGAGUGAAAUUUGAUCCAACAGACCAGGAACUGAUAGAACAUCUAGAAGCGAAGGUUGAAUCUGAGCAGUCGAAAUCUCACCCUCUGAUUGAUGAAUUCAUCCCUACCAUCGAAGGAGAAGAUGGGAUUUGCUACACCCAUCCGGAGAAACUUCCAGGUGUCACAAAAGAUGGUCUGAGCAGGCACUUCUUCCACAGGCCAUCAAAAGCCUACACCACAGGAACAAGGAAGAGAAGGAAAAUACAAACAGAAUGUGACUUACAAGGGGGUGAGACCAGGUGGCACAAGACAGGCAAGACAAGACCUGUGAUGGUCAAUGGCAAGAAAAAAGGCUGCAAGAAGAUCUUGGUCUUGUACACCAACUUUGGCAAGCAUAGGAAACCUGAAAAGACUAACUGGGUCAUGCACCAAUACCACCUUGGCCAGUCUGAAGAAGAGAAAGAAGGUGAACUUGUAGUUUCCAAGAUCUUCUACCAGACCCAACCCAGGCAAUGCAACUGGUCUGAUAAAAGUGGGCCAGGAGAAGGAUCUGACCAUAGAAGGGAGAGUGGGAGUGGGGUCUCUUCUUCCAAAGACGUUAUUAGUCCUCUAGAUGAAUUAGGUGGUACUGGUCAUGGGAUUUCUGGCUACAGUACUAUGGAUAUUCAGCAAAUGAAGUCUGAUAAUUUCAGCUUUGCACCAUUCAGAAAGAGCUUUGAUGAGGUGGGAAUGGGGGAUGCUUCAAAGGCAAGGGAGGCCUCAUCUCGCACGUGCGAGGAGCAUGAGGAGCACGAGCACCAGAGACAUCACAUGACCCAUGAGCAGCCCCACCAGCCAGUUGCAACAGCAGCCUUCCACGUCAGCAGGCCUUCAAACCCCAUCUCUACCAUCAUAUCUCCUCCCCUCCACCAAACCUCCAUUGUGCUUGCUGAUCCCUAUCACCAUGUCCCCAGGAUCCUCCUCCAAGAUGACAAAUUCCAGCAGCACCAGCAACAACAACAUCAGAAACUGGCAGAAAGAUCUGGUUCAUCUGGGCUGGAAGAACUAAUAAUGGGUUGCACUUCAGCUGCUGGCAUGAAAGAGGACUCAUCAAUGACAAACCCUCAAGAGACAGAAUGGCUGAAGUACACCUUCUGGACUGACCCUGACAACCCAGAUCAUCAUGGGUAGGAGCACAUUAGCCCAACCACAAAAAGGAAAAAAGAAAAAAGAAAAAAAAAGAAGGAAAAAAACUCUAACAUAUAUCAUCAUCAUCAGUACUUGAAAUUAUCUAGCAGCUCUUUUUCAAGAGAAGAAGCUAAAGACCCAUCUACGGCUUCCUCUUUUUUCUUCCUUUGGAUAAGGUCUGGUGGUUCAACUAAACUAACUGUAGAAUAAUCCAACUUGGAAAGAUAGAAAAAGACCAAAAGAAGAGAAGGAAGAAGGAAAAAAAAAAAGAAAGAAAGAAAAAGAAAAGAAAAGAAAAGCUGAUGGUGCUGACAAUAGAGAAGGCCAAAGGGCUAGAAAACCUAUCAGACAUGCAUGGAAAUCAUGACUACCAUCAUUACCGUAUCUUAAUCGCCACCAUAUAUUAUUAUUAUUAUUAUUAUUAUUAUUAUUAUUUUAUUUUUUAAAUUUCUUUACCAUGUGUAUUAUCUUUCCUUUGUGUUCAAACUUCAAACACAUAAACCAAAGGGUUUGUUCAAAAGUAAUAGGUGUUGUUGUAGCUGCUA